AUGUUUUCAAAUCGAUUUUUAUUUCGUUCGUUCUUUUUCAAAAGAAAUAAAUUUGCUGAUGCACCAAAUGUGAUAAGAGAAGUUGGAAAUGUGACAAAGGACUCAUAUUCAGUUCCUGAUCAUAUCCAGAAACCACCGUAUUAUCAUAUUCUCAAUAAACAAGCAUCAACUGUAGGAAAUAUUGAGAUUAAAAAUGAAAAACAAAUUGAAGGAAUGAGAAGGAGUUGUAGAUUAGCUGCAAGGAUAUUGAACAUGUGUCAGGAUGUUGUUAAGCCAGGAACAACAACAGAUGAAAUCGACAAAUUUCUAUUCAACAAAAUAAUCGCAUCCAAUGCAUAUCCAUCACCAUUCAAAUAUUGUGGAUUCCCCAAAUCAAUUUGUACUUCAGUCAAUAACAUUGCCUGCCAUGGAAUCCCUGAUGAUCGAGCUUUAAUGGAUGGAGAUAUAAUUAACAUUGACAUCACUGUCUUUUUUAAAGGUUUUCAUGGCGACACGUCGAGAACAUUUCUUGUUGGAAAUGUUAAUAAGCCUGGAAGAUAUCUCGUUGAGCAUAAUCAAAAAGCAUUAAUGAAAGCUAUUGGAAUCUGUGGACCUGGUAAAUGCUUUAAUGAGAUUGGUAGAGAAAUUUCAAAUUAUGCCAAAGAAGUUAAACUCAGUAAUGUUCGAGCAUUCAUUGGACAUGGAAUUGGUGAUUUUUUUCAUGGUCCACCAGAAAUUUAUCAUUUUGAAAAUACUAUAAAUAUGGAACUUAUGCAGCCUGGCAUGACAUUUACAAUAGAACCAAUAUUUUCAGAAGGAUCCAAUGAGCUUGAAUUGUGGGAGGAUAAGUGGACAACAAGCACAAUUGAUGGAUCCAGAACUAGUCAAUUUGAGCAUACAAUUUUAAUUACUGAUAAUGGUUGUGAAAUUUUGACGGUUGAUGAUUGA